CAGACGCUCCUCUCGUCGGAUACGUUUCGUCCUGACUCCCCGGGGUCUGUACCUGGAAAAAAGGCACUUUUUAAAAAACAAAAAAACCCCAAAACCACUAGCGCGACUUGCGUUUGCUUUCUUCUCUUCGCUUGUUUGCCACUGACAAGACAGGGGGCCCAGCAAGGCGAGGAGAAGCUGCCGGUUCCUGCACCAUGAACGGAAGCGGUAGCCAGGCAUCUCGGCUGAAGAGUGAGUCAGACAGGGAUGAAUGGAGCAAGGAGGACUGCCUGACGCUGCUGGAGAGGAUCCGCAGCCUGCUGCCCGAAGGGGACGCCAUGAAGUACAAGACCACAGAGUCACACUUCGACUGGGAGAAGGUGGGCUUCAGCAGCUUCACUGGGGACAUGUGCAAGCAGAAGUGGCAGAAGGUCUCUACUGAGGUGCGGAAGUACAGGACCAUGACAGAACUCAUCAUUGAUGCCAUUGAGUAUGUGAAAAACCCCUACAAGGGCAAGAAACUGAAGACGCAUCCAGACUUUCCCAAGAAGCCUCUGACGCCAUACUUCCGCUUCUUCAUGGAGAAGCGGGCCAAGUAUGCCAAGAUCCAUCCCGAAAUGAGCAACUUGGACCUUACCAAGAUCCUCUCCAAAAAGUACAAGGAGCUAAAUGAGAAGAAGAAGCUGAAGUACAUCCAGGAGUUCCAGCGUGAGAAAGAAUCGUUUGAGAAAAACAUGGCACGUUUCAAAGAGGAGCACCCAGAGCUGAUUGAGGAGAGGAAGAAAUCCGACCUCCCAGAGAAGCCCAAAACCCCCCAGCAGCUCUGGUAUAAUCAUGAGAAGAAAGCAUAUAUGAAGCUGCACCCAGAUGUGAGCCAGAAAGAGCUGAAGGAAGCUCUGCGCCGGCAGUGGUCGCAGCUGUCAGACAAGAAGCGCCUGAAGUGGAUCAGCAAGGCAUUGGAGCUGCAGAAGGUCUAUGAGGAUAGCAUGAGGGCAUACAAUGAGGCCCACCCGGACUCCAUAGCAGACGAGCACAUCAAGUCCGUCCUGACCAAAGCCGAGCGACAGCUUAAGGACAAGUUCGACGGCCGACCCACCAAACCCCCUCCGAAUGGAUAUUCACUGUACUGUGCGGAGUUGAUGGUGAACAUGAAGGAUGUACCCAGCACAGAGCGUAUGGUCCUGUGCAGCAAGCAGUGGAAGAUGAUGACGCAGAAGGAGAAGGACAUGUUUCAAAAACGCUGCGAGCAAAAAAAGAAGCAGUAUGAUAUAGACCUCCAAAGGUUCCUUGAGAGCAUUCCAGAUGAAGAGAGAGAGCGGGUCCUAGGAGAGGAGAAGCUGGCUGGGACGCGUCUGGGCAUUGGGAGCGCUGGCAGCACUGGGGGUGCAGGGAGCCCUCUCCGUGCCAAGUCGCCCAUGGGCAGGGAGCGCUCUGACAUGGAUCCGUGGGUGCUCGGCCUGGUCAAGGACAAGCGUGACGGCAGGAAGCGGCCGAGGCUGCCGGACACGCCCAAAACGGCCGAGGAGAUGUGGCAGCAGAGCGUCAUUGGGGACUACCUGGCCAAGUACAGGAAUGAUCGGAAAAAAGCACAGAGCGCCAUGCAGUCGGCGUGGAAAUCCAUGGAGAAAAAGGAGAAGAUCCCUUGGAUCAAGAAGGCAGCCGAGGACCAGAAGCGAUACGAGGUUCAGUACAGCAGAGUGAGGGAGCUACUGGAGACAAGGACGCCCCAGUCUGGCCAGGGCCAGAGGAAGCUGAAGUUUGAUGGCGAGCCAAAGAAACCACCCGUAAGCGGCUACCAGAUGUUUUCUCAGGAGCUGCUGACCAACGGGGAGCUGAACCACUUCAGCCUGAAGGAGCGCAUGGUGGAGAUUGGCAGGCGCUGGCACAAACUCAGCCAGGUCCAGAAGGACAAGUACAAAAAGAUGGUGGAGGAGCAGCAGAUCGAAUACAAGGUCGAGCUGGACUCUUGGAUCAAGUCCCUCUCCCCUCAGGAGCGCGCCAUGUACAAAGAGUACUCCAGCACGAAACGACGCAGUACGGCCAAGGCGCAAGGCCCUGGGGCGAAGUUGCGGGUGACGAAGGGGAAGGCGGUAGGUGCCACAGCUGGAGGACUGGGGGCCGGGGGGGGCAGGCAAGCGAUGGCGUACCGGGCCAAGCAGGAUACAUCGGACUCCGAUGACGAUGACAAGACCGAUUCCUCAGACUCAGAAGACGAAGAUGACGACGACGAAUCUGGCAGCUCGGACAGUGACGACGAAGAUGACGACGAGAACGAAGAAGACGAUGAGGAGGACGACGACGAUGAUGACCAGUCAGAUGCCACCAGCAGCUCAUCCACAGAGGAGUCCAGUGACACAGACACAGACUAGCUAUGUUUGUUUCGGGGCAAGGGCUGUGCAGGACACACCCCCUGCCCGUAAGCCCCACCCAUCUCGGUGAUGUCUUUAGGAUUGGCAGAGAGGCGUCUUCGCUUGGCACGCUCCCCUCAAACCCUGAACAAAGAGGGGUCACAGACUGAGAAUUGGGGUCAUCAGCACCUUCACCCAGACUACACCAGACUUAAUCUCAACUGGACAAAUUCUCUUUUAAAGGAGCUGUGUUACAUGUGUGUUAUUUUUAUUGCCUUCCAAUAGGUGUUAUUAAAAACCUUGUUUCCUGCUUUGUUCUUUUUAAAGAAAAUUGACUAAUUUUGCAGUUUUUCUUCCUGGGUGCAGUACUCAUUUCAGUUUGUGCCAAGGGGCUCCCAAGAACAGAGCAGGCUAGAUGCAUUAAUUCCAGACCUGCUUGUUCCAUGAAGAGAAAGGACUUGUUCUUAGUAAAGCCUCCCCUGACACAUGGCUACAUUUCAGGUAAAAUCUCAAUGAAAUGCACUUUUUUCUCUUCUUCUUUGGCAUGCGAUAAAGGCUAUGGCCAUGUAUCUCAUGCAGAUGUUGGGGAAUCAGUUCAUAUAUUAAGCCAGAGGUAUUUUCUACAGUGUUUUGUUACUGAAAAUGAGUCUCUGCUCAGUUCAUUCGUCCUUUUAUAUCACAGGUGACCAUUUUAUCAACUUCAAUUGCAUUUAGACAGUGUGACCUAAACAUUCAUGUGUGAUACACAAGAAUAAAUGAUGUCAUUAAAACGU